CUCUAUAAAUAUUAGCCAAUUCACAAGCUUUAAGUUACAUUGAAAGUUUCGAUGGAGAUGGACUUGAAUGCUCAAGUGAAGAAAGCAGGAUUUUUGCAAAGGCUUAAGGAGUUCCCUAGCAAGCUUCAAGACGGCGUCACCAAGCGUAUAAAGAAUGUGCAAAAGUUUGGUAAAGAUGAUCCAAGACGGAUCAUCCAUUCCUUAAAAGUGGGACUUUCUCUCACAUUAGUAUCAAUGUUGUACUAUGUACGGCCUCUCUAUAAUAGCUUCGGGGUUUCGGGUAUGUGGGCGAUACUAACCGUAGUCGUAGUCUCCGAGUUCACUGUUGGUGGGACACUUUCAAAAGGUUUAAACAGAGGUUUUGCAACAUUAAUAGCCGGUGCCUUAGGGGUUGGUGCAGUACACCUUGCUAGAUUAUGUGGAGACAAAGGAGAGCCGAUUGUUCUUGGGAUAUUUGUGUUCUCACUAGGGGCAGCUGCAACAUUUUCGCGGUUUUUCCCAAAGAUUAAACAGAGAUAUGACUAUGGUGCCUUGAUAUUCAUACUCACAUUUAGCAUGGUUGCCGUUUCGGGUUACCGUACAGAUGAAAUAUUGGUUAUGGCAUAUCAAAGACUAUCCACCAUUCUUAUUGGUGGAACGAUAUGCAUCCUUGUAUCGAUCUUCGUUUUUCCUGUAUGGGCAGGCGAAGAUCUUCACAAGAUGAUUGCUAACAACAUUAUCAAACUCGCUAACUCCUUAGAAGGUUUCGAGGGUGAAUAUUUUCCAUCAUCGGAGAAGACUUCAAAGGAGACAAACUCGUGUGUUCAACAAUACAAAAGCAUUCUAACAUCAAAAAGCGCUGAAGAUACUUUGGCGAAUCUUGCGAGAUGGGAACCGGGACAUGGCCGUUUCAGGUUACGCCAUCCAUGGACAAAGUACUUAAAGAUAGCAGGACUAGUUCGUCAAUGCGCCUUUCAUUUCGAAAUCCUCAAUGGCUAUGUUCUCUCUGACGUUAAGAUACCGCUAGACUUCAUAAGCAAGAUUCAAGAGCCAUGCUCGAUUAUGAGCAGAGAAGCUGGUGAAGCCCUAAAAGACGUAGCCAAAUGUAUCAAAACAAUGAAGAGAGACAAUGUUUCUAUUAAUAAACACAUUGAAAAGUCCAAAAAUGCCAUACAAAGCCUAAGGAUUGCACUCAAAACGUCUUCUCCAGAGACGGAGAAAGAUCUCUUAGAGAUCAUUCCCGGAGUUACAAUGGCGUCAAUAUUGAUCGAGAUCGUUAAUUACGUCGAGAAGAUCUCCGAGGUUGUGGAAGAAUUCUCAGGUCUGGCACACUUUAAAGAGACCCCGGAUCCAAAAGUGUCACCAGAAUUAGGACAACAUCAACUACUUCACAGGGGAACCGUAAAGCCUGUUCUAGAGGGUGACAACGAGGAAGAAAACAAUAGCUCUUCUCAUGUUGUUAUCAAUGUCCAUGAUGAACAGCCACCAACAACCAACGAAAAACAAAGUUUCGGGCGUAGAGAAGACGACGAGAGUAGAUGUCGUGUAGAUAUGUUAUCAUUGCCCAAACUUUAAAAACUCUUUGAAGGGAACUUGCUUAACAUUAUCUAGU